AUGAGCAGCCCUACCACUCAGUGGAACCCCAGUGGUUGGGGGGUUUCUAGGCGGGUGGUGGCUUCUUAUGUGCUGGACUGGGCAUUAAUACUGUUAGCUCUCGCUGUGGGCCGCAUCUUGAAAUUCGUAGAACCAAACAGAAACCCAUUCUCGCUCACAGACCCGAGCAUAUCCUACCCAUAUAUCGCCAAGGAAGCCGUUUCUUCCAGUGUGCUGGUCCUGAUUAGCGUUUUUGUUCCCGCAAUUACCAUUCUUCUACUGAGCCUUCUUAUUGUCCCCGGGCUCACAGCGGGAAAGCAUGUGCCCGCCUCAUUAGUAUGGCGGCGCAAACUAUGGGAGUGGAAUGCUGGAUGGAUGGGGUUGGGUCUUGCAAUCGGAGGGGCGUAUGCGGCUACAGAAGCACUGAAGGUUAUCUGUGGGAAACCUAGACCCGAUCUGAUCAAUCGCUGCAACCCCGAUAUACCCAAAAUUGCAGUCAAUAUAGUUGGAGGGCUGGGGAGAAGACUCAGGGGCGCACCGCUUCUAGUUUCAUAUAAUAUCUGCCAGAAUAAAACGACAAGACUCACCAGAGAGGGUUUCUUGAGCUUCCCUAGUGGGCAUGCUUCCAUCUCCUUUGCCGGCCUAACAUACCUAACCCUCUGGCUCUGUGCAAAACUCUCCAUUUCAAUCCCCUACCUUUCCCCACGUCCCUACACCCAGGAUAUCCGGGAAACCGCCUUCUCAGUCGGCAGCAACUAUAUCACACACCCACCCUGCUCCGACGCCCUAUACCCCAGGUCCUCCCAUCCUGUCAACCUAAAGAAUAAAUCCUCCCCUACCCCACUCCGAGACCAAUCCGCAGCCCCGCCAAUCUACCUUCUCCUCGUCGCCGCGGCACCCAUCGUUGCCGCUGCAUAUAUAUCAUCCAGUCGCUGGUUCGACAACCGCCAUUUCGGCUUCGAUAUCCUCUUUGGCGCCCUGCUGGGGAUUUCUUUCGCCUGGUUGGGGUUCCGCUGGUAUCAUCUGCCGUUAAGUUCGGGCGCGGGGGGAUGGGCUUGGAGCGCACGCAGUCCCGAGCGCGCGUUCUAUGUGGGGAUCGGGGUUAAUGGGUAUGCCGGGGGUGAGAUCGAGAAAGCGGGUAGUGUGUUUCCUCUGCAAACGGAUAGUGCAAAUGAAUUGGUCCAUAGGGCGGAGAGUGAUGUUUGA